ACAAUUGGUAAAAGUGGUCAAUAGUCCGGUGGAAUAUAAGUAGGUUUCCUUAUUUUAAAGAAUUAUGUGCGGCACCGACAAAAAACUUGGCGAAAUGAGGGCUUUAAUCUUAGUUGGUGGUUACGGGACUCGAUUGAGACCUUUGACUUUAAGUAGGCCAAAGCCACUGGUCGAAUUUGCAAACAAACCAAUUCUAUUGCAUCAGAUAGAAGCUUUGGUGGAGGCUGGAGUAACACAGGUCAUUUUAGCUGUGUCAUACAGAGCAGAGGAUAUGGAAAAAGAGUUAACAGAGAAAGUGGCCAAACUAGGUGUGUCCCUAACAUUUUCUCAUGAAGUGGAGCCUCUUGGCACAGCGGGGCCCAUAGCCCUGGCAAAACACCUAUUGAGCAAAAGUUCCGAGCCAUUCUUUGUUCUUAAUUCAGACAUAAUUUGUGAUUUUCCUUUCAAAGAACUUUACAAGUUUCAUAAAUCACAUGGAAAGGAGGGAACAAUUGUAGUUACAAAGGUAGAGGAGCCAUCUAAAUAUGGAGUGGUUGUAUAUAAAGAGGAUGGACAGAUUGAGAGCUUUGUGGAGAAGCCACAGGAAUUCAUUUCCAAUAAAAUUAAUGCUGGCAUGUACAUUCUAAACCCAUCAGUCUUAAGCAGAAUAGAGCUGCGUCCCAUGUCAAUAGAAAAAGAGGUGUUUCCAUUCAUGGCGAAAGAUGGGCAGCUGUUAGCUAUGGAGCUGCAAGGCUUCUGGAUGGAUGUGGGGCAACCGAAAGACUUCCUAACUGGAAUGUGCCUAUACCUGAACAGCUUGCGUCAAAAGGACUCGAACAAGUUGUACGAUGGUCCCGGCGUGGUCGGCAACGUGCUGAUCGACCCGACGGCAACCAUCGGCAAGGGCUGCCGGAUCGGGCCCAACGUGACCAUCGGGCCUGGCGUCGUCAUCGAGGAUGGUGCAUGCAUAAAACGCAGCACAAUCCUCCGCAGCGCCUGCGUGCGGCAGCACGCAUGGCUCGACAGCUGCAUAAUCGGCUGGCGCUCCGUCGUCGGCCGCUGGGUGCGCAUGGAGAACUGCACCGUACUGGGCGAAGACGUCAUAGUCAAGGACGAGCUUUACGUUAACGGCGGGCAGGUGUUGCCACAUAAAAGCAUCGCGUUGUCUGUGCCCGAGCCACAGAUUAUAAUGUAAAGGUCGUGCGUGUAAGAGCUGCAAGGUUUUUUUUUAUAAUCAGUUAUUUUUGUUGUUGGCUGCUAAGUCCGCAUAAGGAACUGCGCCGUGCUAAGAGGAGACGUUUAAGUGAAGGGGUUAUGACAUCUAUCCAUUCGCUGGACAUUCUGCUAUCUUGCUGCUAAGACGGAAGGACAUCCUUCUUAAGGUCCGUCCAGACGGGAUAAUCAAAUUAACAACUGGAUCAGAAAAAAUUGCUCUAGCGUACACACGUACACAAUUUCAUAGUGGAAUCGAGGCGGCGAGCCAAUGUCAUUUUUCAUUUUUGUUUUCACACCAUCUGAUUAAAUUGACAAUUUAAGAUUAGACGAAAAAUUGGCCCGUCUGGACUGGCCUUUACAAGAAAAUAUCCUAAAAAAGAUAGACGUGACAUGGAAAAUACAUUAGAUUGCGUGAAGCUUGCCUAGAAAGGUCUAAAACAGUUAUUUGAUUUCGCAAGUGCGCUGCUGCAUAUCUGAGGUCCAAAUAUAAGAUUAUUUAUUAAUGUUGUUAAACUAUUUAUAUUUCUUUCGCAGUUCUUACAUACGUUGUAAAGAGGAUAUUAAUUUAGUCUCAAAAUGCGAAUCGAUAUAUUAUACAUAUAAUAUGCUUUUGCAAUUAUUUAAAGACAAUACUAAUUUUAUUUUUUCAUAAAUACAUUAGAUAUACAUAUAACUUGCACAAUAAGUCAUUAAGGAAGUUGACCGCAAGAGAGAAUUAUAAUUGUUUUAUUUUUAACUUUAUUGUAAUUUAAUGAAUUGUAGAGAACUUGUUUCUUAAAAAGAUGCAUUGUCAUAUAUUUUCAUACAUCAUCCAUUUAUUUUGUAUUUAUAAAUAUGAUAUUUUUAUUUUGUUUUUAUUAUAUUAUAUCUUGUUCUAAUUUAGCUAUAAAAAUAUACUUAAUUAGCUAGCUUUUUAGAUUGCCAAGUAGAUUGAGCUAUCCUGUUUGAUAAAUGUUAUUUUAAGUACAGGUAUCUCUUUUAUUUAAGACCAUUGCAGUACGAUUUUUAAUCAAAGCUGUUAUUGUUCAUCUAAUUUGGAUCUUAUAUCUUACUCUGCAAUAAUUAACCAACUUAUAUUAUGGAAAGAGAUUAUACUUGUCGCUAAACCAAGUGGCGAGUCAGUUCAUAUGCCAUCUCUUUCACUCUUGGUUGGUCUUAACAAGGGUAAAGGAGACAGCAUUAUUCAGCAGUCGUCAGUUUUACGACAAGUAUAGCGUGUUAAUUUUGUUUAUAUUAUGUUUGAUAAAACGUAACAAACUUGAGACAUUCCUUUGUGUAUUUUUUGCGCUAUUAUUUUGUACUUUAUUCUAGUGUAUUGUUAUCGAUUGUAGAAAAGUUGUACAGAUUAAGAAAAAAAACUUGCUCCCAAGUGUGUGAAGUCGAUGGUGCUGUACGGUACAUAUAUUUGUAGUAUCUUGGAUAGCUACCUUUUGACAACCAGUUACCGCAAAAUGUAUAGUGCCAUACAGAGCAUCAGAUAUCAAAUUCGAAGCACGGUUUUUUCUUUGAUUUUACAUCCCUUCUACAAUGAAUAACUCUUUUUUACUAAAGUACAAAUAAAAUUUAAUCUAAUUCUAGGACUUUUGUACCUACAGGUCGAUUCACGAAAGCUGGCACGAAUGGAAUGAACGAAACUCAUUGAUGUGUGACACCUGGGGGCUAUAACCGCGAAAACCGAAAUACGCAAAUUGCGGGGAUCUUUCUCUUUUACUCUCAGUAAGAUGUAUUUAGAGUGACAGAGAAAAUUGCCCGCAAUAGACGAACUUUUUAUUGUCGCGGUUAUAGCCCUAUAUCAUACAGUCAGAGCCACCAUUUAAUUGGUUUACAAAAUGACUUACAUGUGAUACACGCAUAGAUAUGUUCAUUCACUCAUUCAUUCCAUUCGUGCCAGCUCUUGUGAAUCGACCUGUACAUAAUGGCAAUAAACUGCCGUUUUACACCAAAAUUAGAUGUAAUUACUCAUAAAUAUAAAUAAAUAAAUAUUAUCAUUUGAA